ACUUCCGGCAACUACAAGUGAAGAAGAAAUUGACCAUUUGGUUGAGGAGUUGUUGUCGUGACCCUCUUGUUUUUGUAAUUGAUAGAAAGUCAAAAAGCCGCCACAACGCAAUAACCGGCCAGGGCUCCAAUUGCAUCUAACCUGCACGGUUUGCGAAAUAUCGUUGGACACACUGGGCUUUGUAACUAGCUAGAUAAUCCCAUAGCCAGCUAGCGUUAGCUACAAUUGCUAGCUCUAGUACACCUUUGGGUCUGUGAGGAUGGCGGAGGAGGAAGACGAAGGUGGUUUUGACGAGGAUUUGGAUGACGGGGCGGGUGGAGCCGAUGGAAACCACGGCAAAAGGAAAAGGCUGUUCUCUAAAGAACUUCGGUGUAUGAUGUAUGGAUUUGGAGAUGACCAGAAUCCCUACACCGAGUCGGUGGACAUCCUGGAGGACCUUGUGAUCGAGUUCGUCACGGAGAUGACACACAAAGCCAUGUCCAUCGGACGCCAGGGCCGUGUCCAGGUGGAGGACAUUGUUUUCCUUAUCCGGAAAGAUCCAAGGAAGUUUGCCCGAGUGAAAGACCUCUUGACGAUGAACGAGGAGCUGAAGAGAGCCCGCAAGGCCUUUGAUGAAGCGAACUAUGGCUCUUAGAGCCUUUGAUAGAGGGAUUUGGCCUUCACUGCAAAUAUACGCCUUCUUUCCCUUUUUUAAACUUCUCUUUCACAUUGUCCAAGCUGUUUAUUCUGCUUUGAUCAUUGGACAUGUUUUUUUUUAAGGAUUUAAAGUUGUUGCAGAUGUGAACAUAGAGAUAGUGUUCAUUGACCACCAACUUGUGACUACAGAUAUGUUUGUGCUCAUGUGAAAUGCUUAUGCCUUCUACAGACAUCUUUCUAUUUUUAUUUAACUAGAUAAGUCAGUUAAUAACAAAUUCGUAUUUACAAUGACGGACUAGGGGCAGAACGACAGAAUUUUACCUUGUCAGCUUGGAUUCGAUCAAAAUCAAAUCAAAUUUAUUUAUAUAGCCCUUCGUACAUCAGCUGAUAUCUCAAAGUGCUGUACAGAAACCCAGCCUAAAACCCCAAACAGCAAACAAUGCAGGUGUAAAAGCACGGUGGCUAGGAAAAACUCCCUAGAAAGGCCAAAACCUAGGAAGAAACCUAGAGAGGAACCAGGCUAUGUGGGGUGGCCAGUCCUCUUCUGGCUGUGCCGGGUAGAGAUUAUAACAGAACAUGACCAAGAUGUUCAAAUGUUCAUAAAUGACCAGCAUGGUCGAAUAAUAAUAAGGCAGAACAGUUGAAACUGGAGCAGCAGCACAGUCAGGUGGACUGGGGACAGCAAGGAGUCAUCAUGUCAGGUAGUCCUGGGGCACGGUCCUAGGGCUCAGGUCCUCCGAGAGAGAGAGAAAGAAAGAGAGAAUUAGAGAGAGCAUAUGUGGGGUGGCCAGUCCUCUUCUGGCUGUGCCGGGUGGAGAUUAUAACAGAACGUGGCCAAGAUGUUCAAAUGUUCAUAAAUGACCAGCAUGGUUGAAUAAUAGUAAGGCAGAACAGUUGAAACUGGAGCAGCAGCAUGGCCAGGUGGACUGGGGACAGCAAGGAGUCAUCAUGUCAGGUAGUCCUGGGACAUGGUCCUAGGGCCCAGGCCAGUUGAAACUGGAGCAGCAGCAUGGCCAGGUGGACUGGGGACAGCAAGGAGUCAUCAUGUCAGGUAGUCCUGGGGCAUGGUCCUAGGGCUCAGGUCCUCCGAGAGAGAGAAAGAAAGAGAGAAGGAGAGAAUUAGAGAACGCACACUUAGAUUCACACAGGACACCGAAUAGGACAGGAGAAGUACUCCAGAUAUAACAAACUGACCCUAGCCCCCCGACACAUAAACUAAUGCAGCAUAAAUACUGGAGGCUGAGACAAGCAACCUUUAGGUUACUGGCCCAAUGCUCUAUCCACAAGACUACCUGCCGCCCCAUUAACAUACACACAUCUAAUACUAGAAAGUAGUUGUAUUUGUCGUAUACUGUGCUAUAUCCACAGAAGGACAUCACAUUGCAGUAUCAAUCAUUAGGUCCUGUUAGGAAAUGACUCUUAGGUGAGAAUUGUUGUCCUGUUUAUCAGUAAGGAUAGUGACACAAUGGUGGAAUGGACAUUUAUGAAUAAAGUAACUCCCAAUCCUUGACACUUUCAUCCAUCCUUUACUGUGAGAUUUCAGGACAUGGGCCCAGAGGGGAGUUCAAAUUAGACUUUCUAUAUUAAUCCAUGGAUGGGUUCUCUUUCCUGAAAUGUUUCACUUUCGCUACACUUGCAAUAACAUCUACUAAACAAAUAUAUGUGACCAAUACAAUUUGAUUUGAUUUCUACACCUUGAGACAAUGGAUAUAGCUUCAAAACUUGAAUAAAAUGUUUUGUUUAAUUUGUGCAAAUGAACGCACAACUUCUGUAGAUGGACCUUAUUGUGCAUGGAAUAAAACCCUCUGAAUUUUA